CGAUUGCGACCCCCGAUCCAAAUCCCGAUCAGCUUCAGCGGGGCUUCCUCGUCAUUUCACACCAACCCAAUGUUCUUCUUCUUCCAGCUCCGACUGUCCUACAUAAACACCACCACCGAUCGCGGUUUCGUGCUCUCGCUUCGCUCCCUUAAUUUAUUUUAUCAUCAAGUCUUAAUUUAUUUCAUUUCUUAAUUGUAUCACAUAGCACCAUACUAGUAUUUCGCUCGCCCUCCCUUCCCGAGUGUUCCCGUGCCUCAGACAGGUUCGGAUUGCUUGCUCUCGCUUGUUAGAAAUUCAGAAUAAGAUUCCGUGCAAGUUUGGAUUCACCAAAUCCACCCAUCUCUCGCGCCCCGCGGUCGCGCGUGGCGGAAUUUCGGCCUGGGCGCCGCCGAUUCGGGCCUCCCAGUCCGGAAAGGUGGCCCCCGGUGUGGUUCGCCCCCAAAUUUCAGCUGCCUUCGUGCGGAACUCGUCGGCUGUGCGCUUGGUUUCCUGUCCUUCAGCCUUUCAGGGGAUGGGGCGCCGCGGGUUGCUGACGGCCGCGCUUCUGCUGUGCUUCCUUGCUGUUUGCUCCGGGAGAGAACUUGCGAUCAAACAGAACCCAUCAACUACCAUAUAUAAUUCGACUCUUGCCCAGAUACUUGUGGAGUAUGCUGCUGCAAUCUAUACGGCUGAUUUGACAGAAUUGUUUACUUGGACAUGUGCCAGAUGUGGUGACUUGAUCAAAGGGUUCGAGAUGAUAGAGAUCAUUGUAGAUGUCGAGAACUGCUUGCAGGCAUAUGUUGGUUUUGCCAGUGAUAUAAAUGCUGUCAUCGUUGUUUUUAGAGGAACUCAAGAGAACAGCAUCCAGAAUUGGAUAGAGGACUUGUUAUGGAAACAACUGGAUCUUGACUACCCUGGCAUGCCUGAAGCAAUGGUGCACCGAGGGUUUUAUGCUGCUUACCACAACACAACACUACGUGAUGGAGUAGUCAGUGGUAUUCAAAAGACUAGGGAAGCUUACGGAGAUAUUCCAAUCAUGAUCACGGGGCAUUCAAUGGGUGGAGCUAUGGCUUCAUUUUGUGCGCUCGAUCUUGUUGUGAACUAUGGUUUGGAUGGCGUAAAAUUGAUGACAUUUGGGCAGCCCCGUAUUGGCAAUGCUGCAUUUGCUUCUUAUUUCAAGACAUACUUGCCUCAAGCAAUUCGAGUUACUCAUGCCCACGAUAUCGUGCCUCACCUGCCACCGUACUUUGCAUUCUUCCCACAGAAGACCUACCAUCACUUCCCAAGAGAGGUAUGGGUCCAUAAUGUUGGAUUAGGAACCCUAGUGUACUCCAUAGAAAAGAUCUGUGAUGAUUCUGGUGAAGACCCUACAUGCUGCAGGUCAGUAAUUGGAAACAGCGUGCGGGACCAUAUAUACUAUCUUGGUGUCAGCAUGCAUGCAGAAGACUGGAGCUCCUGCAGAAUCGUCAUGGACUACAGCAAAUUGCGGUAUCAGAUGGACCUCAAUGGUAAUCUUGUAUUAUCAAAGCAGCCCGCUUUGUCGAAUGACAGAGGAUUCAGUGCCCAGUGAACCAGUGUAUGAUUUGUAUAGUAUAAUAGCAUCACGAAUCAGUAAUGUUCAGAGCUAGCGCUGCACAUAUGUUCCCUCUCACCUCCCUUGGCCGUUGAAUUGUUAAUGCAUCAAAGAGAGGGUUGGAACGAGCAUGCGGAUUCGGAGAUGCUUGUUGUACAUGUGAUUACGUGAUGUAUUUAUUGUUCAGUUUGCAAAUAUAUAUUGCCGAUAUUUGAUCAAAUUCAUCUGAAAAUCAAUAAUUGUUCAGUUUGCAAAUA